AUGGGGCUAGGGAUAUUGAACGACCGGGCAGGCUUGCACCAAGUUCCUGGGACUGUAGUGUUGACUGAGAUCAACCAGCAGACCAGGGGAAACGAUGAACAGGUUAAGCGAGGCACCGGAAGACACAAGCAUAUUAUUCUCACGCCCCAACCAUCCAAUGAUCCUAACGAUCCUCUGAAUUGGGCGUACUACAAGAAAGUCACCAUAGUGGCAAUUCUGGUUUUGGGAGCUUGUCUGAAUGCAGCUACUGUUGGCCCUCUGCUUAGUACCAGCAUUGUGGUCCUUGCGCAGGAGCUGCAGCGGCCACUGGCUGACAUCACCCUUCUCACAGGGUACAACACUGUUGUUGCUGGAGCGUCAUGUCCGUUAACUUCGGCGUUAGCUACAAAAUAUGGAAAGCGACCUGUAUUUUUGUUUUCAUCACUUGCAUGCCUCGUUGGGAGUAUCAUCGGAUCUUUCAGUCAAACGUACAACACCCUUCUUGCUGCUCGAAUUAUCCAGGGCCUCGGGUUCGCUUCAUACGAAUCGCUCACUUUCACGACUAUUGGCGACCUUUUUUAUGUCCAUGAGCGCGGGUUUUGGAUUAAUGUCAUCGCCUUCACCCUGACAGGCGUUUCAAACAUGAGCUCUAUUAUUACUGGGCCAGUCACGCUUAAUCUCGGCUGGCAUUACCUCUUCCACCUCUUAGUAGCUUUCUCUGGCUUCCAGGCGAUCUUACUUUUUUUCUUCACGCCUGAAACUACCUAUAUACGUGCUCCGAGCUUCCAUCAACAACCAUCCCUCGAUGCCGUAGAAAGUGAGAAAAGUAGUCCAACGCCUGAGCAUAUCGAGUCUGCCACUGUCUCUUUACACUCGCCACCUCCGGCUAAAACAUUCUGGCAGGAAAUGGCAAUCUGUACUGGUGUUUACAGCAACGAGAGCCUUCUCACGCUUCUCUUGGGUCCAUUCCUCUGUCUCACAAACGUUGCCGCACUCUGGAUUGUUACCACUACAGGCAUCGUCACAUCAUUCUACGUCGCCAUAUCAUACACCGUGGCCCAACUAUUCUCCGUGCUACCAUACUCACUCUCAACUGCGGAGGUUGGGUACCUCUCUGUGGGUCCCUUUCUUGGUGGCAUCAUAGGCAGUGUUCUAGUGGCGUUAACGACAGACCGUGUCAUUGUUGCAAUGACAAAGCGGAACAACGGCAUCUACGAGCCUGAAUUCCGCCUUCCAUUAGUCGCCUUUGGACUAUCAUUGACUGCCGGUCUAUGUAGUUUCGGCUCUCUUUCACAGGCUACAGGAAACAUUUAUCUAAUUGAUUUCAUGUGGGGACUUACCAUUGUCGGCAUUUGCUUCGUCACCGGACCCUGCUCGUCUUACGCAAUUGACGCCUUCCGUGGCAUGAGCAACGAGAUCUUUGUAGCCAAUGUCAUGUUCAAGAACUUCCUUUUCUUUGGGUAUAGCUACUUCAUCAACGACUGGGUUACAAGUGGUGGGCCAGCGGAUCCGUUCUACAUUUUUGGGGGUAUUAGUGCUGCCCUCAUUCUGACUACUAUUCCAGUCUAUGUGUUCGGUAAACGGUACAGGAGCUUGUGGUAUCGGCAUAACGUGAUGGAGAGGCUGAAGAUCAAAGUACCUUCUGAUAUAUAG